GGCUGGUGCCGGUCGGUCCGCUUGCUUAAGCAGGCAUGAAGAUCACCAGGCAGAAACACGCCAAGAAGCAUCUUGGCUUUUUCCGCAACAAUUUUGGAGUCCGCGAGCCCUACCAGAUCCUUCUGGACGGCACUUUCUGCCAGGCGGCGCUGCGGGGUCGCAUCCAGCUGCGGGACCAGCUGCCCCGCUACCUCAUGGGAGAGACCCAGCUGUGCACCACGAGAUGUGUGUUAAAGGAGUUAGAAACACUGGGAAAGGAAUUAUAUGGAGCAAAACUGAUUGCACAGAAAUGCCAGGUUCGAAACUGUCCUCAUUUCAAGAGUGCAGUGAGUUCUGCUGAAUGUCUCCUGUCCAUGGUGGAUGAGGACCCUCACCAUUAUUUUGUGGCCACACAGGUAAUGUGACUUUCAAAACUAUAGUCAAGAAAACUCCGGAUUCCUCUAAUGUUCAUAAUUCAGAACACUAUAGUGUUGGACAAGCCUUCUCCCAGAACAGUAGCCUUUGUGAAGGCGGUGGAGGCAGGCCAGCUGGUCUCAGUGCACGAGAAACAAAGUAUCAAGCAACUCAAGGAGGAGCAAGGCUUGGUGAGGAAACCCUGAACUGAGGAGAAAGGGCGAAGAAAAGAAGGUGGGGGGGGGGCCCCCAAUCCUCUCAGCUGCCUGAAGAAAAAGAAGAAAACGGACACAAAGUCCCCUGCUUCAGAAAAGAAAAGGAAAAGGAAAACGGAUUCGGAUUCGGAACAGAUGCCACUCCGAAAGUAUACUUCUGAGCAGCAGGGUACGGAAGGAUGAUUGAGGAUGAUUGAUGAUCGUGUUGUGGAUACUCUGGAAGACACUGUGAAAACUGAUUGCCUUUUCAAACUGUGAAAAUGUUUAGACCAAAGGAAUAACUUAUUUUUCUAAACUAAUACUGGCACAUACACUUUUGCCUAAAAUUAAAGAAUGGGUUUUCGGUGUGCA